AUGGAGCCACGGCGGCGAACUGACAAGCGAGCCUUCGACGACUUCGACCCGGCCGUGGAGUGGAAGCAGGCCGCCGAUGACCAGGACGUGGUGGAGAUCUCGCUCCCGGGGUUCAGGAAGGACCAGGUGAGGGUGCAGGUGGACAAAUACGGCGUGCUCCGCGCCAUCGGCGAGCGCCUGGAGUGGGGAGGAAGGUGGGCGCGGUUCAAGAAGGACAUCCGCCUCCCGGACAACUGCGAUACCGACGCCGUCCGCGCCAGGUUCGAGGGUGAGAAGCUCAUCAUCACACUCCCCAUCAAAGCUGCGAACACCGUGGUGGUGGAUGGUGAGGCUCCGACGACAAGGACAGUGCCGGCGCCAGCACCAGGGCCGGCGAGGCAGCUGCUGGUGAACAUUGCUGCGGCGGCGGCCGUGCUCAUGUGGAUCAUCGUGGCCGUGUGGCGCGCCCUGAGGAGCUAG